AAAUUCGCUGAUUGAAAAUAAUCGACGCCCACCGGCGUCGUUCAUGGAAAAGUGGCGUCGCGUCCAGACGCUCAGUUUAUCCCAGCGAUCGCGCGAAAAGCGGUGUCGAAUUUUCAGGUAGUUUAGUAGCGAAAUAAAUAAGAAAAAAUGCCGAAUCAACCAAAGUUGGUGAACAAACAGUUCAACUCGCCUAUUGGUUUAUAUUCUGAUCAGAAUAUCCGAGAAGUGAUUUCGAGAGAACAGCAGAUUUUGUCUAAUGGAGCUGUAGGGGUUAACUUCUAUAAUCCUCAAGCAGGAAAACCAGCAAAUUUACAAAAUUCCGCUGUGUUACGCAUGUUAGAAGAGGAAGAGACUAGAAGAAGCGGAUACGUAGGUAAUAACGAUAUCAUUCCUGGCCCCCUUCGCGAUGUUGUUUGGCCUCCUGCAGAUUACGACCACUCAAAUCAACUGCGGUCCUCCUUUAAAGACGUCGUAACCCCAGGCGUUAAAAGGGUAGCCUGGCCGCCACCGCAAGAGGGCGUUCUAGAUCCAGCGGACGUGGCUCAACCAGCACAGCAAAGUCCUGCACAUAUACAGGGUGGACCCCAAUAUUCCAGCCCCGGUUUGCAACAGAAUAGCUACUCUCCCCAGCAGAGUGCUCCUUACCAACAAACCCAACAACCUUUCCAACGCCCUUUAAAACCGUUAGACGUGAGCUCAGUAGGUACUGGAUCGCCACUGGGAUCUCCUUCUAUUAACCAGAGUCCUCACGGUUUUCGUACCGGUACACCUACUAAAGGUUGGGCCCCGGUACACUCUCCGGUAGCUGCACCUCCCGCAAAAUAUUUCGGUACACCGGCGCAAAGCCAACCUCAGUACCAACCCGGCAGUCAGCCUUACCAAUCGAGUCAAGGAUACCAACAACCCGCCCCGCAAUACCAAGGUCCUGGGCAACAGUACGGUCAGCCUGGUCAAUAUCAGCAACCUAGUUCUCCAUAUCAAUCUCCCCAACCGCAAUAUCAACCUCCUCAACAACAAUAUCAACCUCCCCAACAACAAUAUCAACCCCCUCAGCAACCUUCUCCACAAUACCAAUCUCAGUCAUUUUCGCAACCUCCCUCUCAGUCUCAACCAGUAGCUGCUCAGACUCAGGUAGCAGCGUCUAGACCACAAGGCAAGCCGGUAGAACCACCUCCGUCCACCAUCACACUCCGACCUUCGGCUCCUGUGAGCCAGAAACCAGCCCCAGUUUACUCAGCACAACCAGCCACGGCUUCCUUAAGAGUUGUUGUAGGAGGAAAGCACCUGCGGGGCGACCUAAAAUGGCCCCCAGAAGACGUAAGACACCGCAUGGCGGAAGAGGAUAGACUACGCAUCGAACUAGCCCAAGGACCAGCCUGCAGGCCUACCAGGAAAGACAAGAACUACGAACCUUUCUUUGCCCAACACGCCCUCAAUUCUACUUAUCCAGGAUACAAGAUUCCGCCUGGAACGCAAUUCUACAGGCCGGAAUAGUGGAAUUUAAACAUUGUGAUAUUUUAAUCGCUUAUUAAUGUUUCUGUUUUGUAAUUUUAAGUAUUUAAAACAAUCUGGCGAUAACACCAAAGGAUUUGAUCGAUUUAUGGCAUUCUUUUUGGAAUGCGUCCAUGCCAAGUUUGUCAGCAAGAACAUUAUUUGUAAUAGAUUGUAAUAAUUACAUACAUAAAAUGCUGAAAUUUAUUAAUUUAACUAGUCAAGAACCUGCAGAAAUAUUGGAAGAAUUUUCGCGAAAUCAACAAGAUCAUUACGGUUGCAACCCCAAUAUUUCUGCAGAAUUUAAAGUACAUUUAAAGUUUCAAAAUAUUUGCAAUUAUAUGUGUGUUUAUUUUGUAAAAUAAUGAACAUUACUAACCAAUUCAGAUAUUUAUUUUAUAGCCAAGGAAUAAAGAAAAAAAUAUAAAAAUUAUUAGUAAUUAACAUUAACGAUAUCUGCCGCUUUUCGAAAAAAAAAUUGUAUCGAUACGAGCUUUUGCUAAAUUUUGCAAAUAUUUUACUACAAAAUUGAACUGUCUUUAUGAAAUAAUUAAAUUGUACUGUGUACUCCAUAAAAAAAUAAUAAAAAUAUUAAAAUCGAA